CCUGUAUGAGGCGGUUGGCACCACUGGAGAGACCGAAUGAGAGACUCUACAGGGGUGGGUAAUUCACUGGUCCAAAAGCGGUCUCCUUUACCUCGAAACCAAAAGACACCAACAUCCUUGGCCAAGCUGUCCUUACGGGAUGGACAGAAAGCCAAAAAGCCAGUGUGUAAAUUUGAAGAAGGUCAGGAUGUCCUAGCGAGGUGGUCAGAUGGCUUGUUUUAUCUUGGAACUAUCAAAAAGAUAAACAAAUUGAAACAGAGCUGCUUCGUUAUAUUUGAAGACAGUUCCAAAUCCUGGGUUCUCUGGAAGGAUAUACAGACAGGAGCCACUGAAAGUGGGGAAAUGGUCUGUACGAUAUGUCAGGAAGAGUAUUCCGAAGCACCUAAUGAAAUGGUUAUAUGUGAUAAAUGUGGCCAAGGUUAUCAUCAGCUGUGUCACACACCAAAUAUUGAUUCCAGCGUGAUUGAUUCAGAUGAUAAAUGGCUCUGUCGACAGUGUGUUUUUGCAACAACAACAAAGAGGGGUGGUGCGCUGAAGAAAGGACCAAAUGCCAAAGCGCUACAAGUCAUGAAGCAAACAUUACCGUACAACGUAGCAGACCUUGAAUGGGAUGCAGGCCAUAAAACCAAUAUUCAGCAAUGUUACUGCUACUGUGGAGGCCCUGGAGACUGGUAUUUAAAGAUGCUGCAGUGCUGCAAAUGUAACCAGUGGUUUCAUGAGGCUUGCGUGCAGUGUCUCCAAAAGCCAAUGCUUUUCGGUGACAGGUUUUAUACAUUCAUUUGCUCAGUUUGCAGUUCUGGACCAGAGUACCUCAAACGUUUACCCUUGAGAUGGGUAGAUAUAGCACAUCUAUGCCUUUACAACCUAAGUGUUAUUCAUAAGAAGAAAUACUUUGAUUCAGAGCUUGAACUUAUGACAUACAUUAAUGAAAACUGGGAUAGAUUGCACCCUGGUGAGCUGGCAGACACACCAAAAUCUGAAAGAUAUGAGCAUGUACUGGAAGCAUUAAAUGAUUACAAGACCAUGUUUAUGUCUGGAAAAGAGAUAAAGAAAAAGAAGCAUUUGUUUGGCUUGAGAAUUCGUGUUCCUCCUAUGCCACCAAAUGCUGCUUUAAAGGCGGAGAAAGAACCAGAGGGAACAUCUCAUGAAUUCAAAAUUAAAGGCAGAAAAUCAUCCAAACCCAUACCUGAUGCAAGGGAAAUAAGUAAUGGCAUUGAAAAACAGGGGAAGAAAAAAUCAGUAGGUCGUCCACCUGGCCCAUAUACAAGAAAAAUGAUUCAAAAAAUUUCAGAGCCGCCAUCUUUGGAUAAGGAACCAGUCCCAGUGCUAGAGAACCCGGCCUUGGAUUUACCCUGCUCUGUUGGGAGAUCUGAUGGAACUGCUCAUUCAUCCAAUACCUCAGAUGUGGAAUCCACAGGUGCUGCCAGUACAAAAGAAACUACCUCAUCUAGCAUUUCCAGGCAUUAUAGCUUAUCAGACUCCAGAAAAAGGACUCGUACAGGAAGAACUUGGCCUGCUGCAAUACCACAUUUGAGGAGAAGAGGUCGCUUUCCACGAAAAGCACUCCAGCCUCAGAAUUCAGAAAUUGUAAAAGAUGAUGACAGCAAAGAAGAUUAUCAAUAUGAUGAACUCAAUACAGAGAUUCUUAACAAUUUAGCAGAUCAGGAAUUGCAGCUGAAUCAUCUAAAGAACUCAAUUACUAGUUAUUUUGGUGCAGCAGGUAGAAUAGCUUGUGGUGAAAAAUACCGUGUUUUGGCUCGUCGGGUAACCCUUGAUGGAAAGGUGCAGUAUCUUGUGGAGUGGGAAGGAGCAACUGCAUCCUGACUGUAGGACUGAACAUGUUCACUGCACUGUCAUCUGUAGGUACAGUUUAUAACCCAUGGCUCUGAAGGAGACAUGUCUUUACUGUGUUUCUAAAAAAGAACCAAUUUAGCCUUAACAUGUACUUGUUAACAUUACAAAUAUUGUGAUAAAGAUUUUUCUUAAAAUCAGAUCUGAUACUUAAAUUUUUUAAUGUGACCAUUGUUAGAUUGUUUUAGGUUGGGAUAUUUUGAGUUACAAUUGCUUAUAAUGUGCAUGGUGUUUAAAAAAAAAAAGACUUUUUUUCUAGAUAACAUUCCAUGGAUACAGUUUUUUGUGAUUAGGGAAAAUACCUAGAUAGCACAAAUCUUUGGAGAAAUCUUCGUCUGUUUUCUUACCCAGAUGUUUGCAGAAAUGUAUUUCUAUUUCAGUACACUCUAGAUUUCAUAAAGUGCAGUGUAUAUAAUGCCUACUGUAAAAUAUUGAAAUUUUCUUUCAAGCAAAGUGUAAAAAAAUAUAUUGAGCCUGUAAAUUGCUCUUUGACUAGACUUCAUUGUCUUUUUAAUAUAUUCUUUCCGUGUGUGUGUGUAUAAAUACGCACUAUAUAUAUACACAAGUGUGUGUGUAUAUAUAUGUGUGAUUGUGACCUAUGCAAUACAAAUUAUGGGAUUGGGCAGCUUCUGAGUAUAUGUCCCAUAAUUCUUUUAUCAGGAAUAGUUGCAGUAUUUACACAGCAGCAUUUCUUCUCAGGCUUUAUUGGAUGCUGUUGCUUUCUAUGUACUAAGGAAAAGUGUCAAAUCAGUGCAGUGUCUCCUGGCAAUGGGUGCAGUCAUUGAUGUUCAUAUGCUCUUGCUAAUACAGUCAAUUAUUUUCCUUGUAAAUCAGCCGUUCAAAACAUAAAGCAGGAUUUGAAAAUGUUGAACAUGAACUCUAUUAGAAGUAACACUUUAAAGUUUUUGUGGCACAUUGAUUGUAAAUUUUGUCUCCCAGUUAUAAAAGUAAGUCAACAGGAGCCACACACAAGAUUCCUAUAAUGUCUGUAGUAAUUGUUAGUCAUGUUUGAUAAAUGUAGAAUGAACAAAGUAUUUUAUUGCACAGGGUCAACAAACAGUAUGUUGCCAUUUGAAGUAACAGUACUGCUUUUAUAACAACUUUACCUCUUUUGUUUUUAUAAAAUGUACCAAGUUUUAAAUUGAUAACUUUAUUUUACUUGUAAAGAGACAGUUUCACCAGUGUUAGAUGUAUUUUUCUUUGUCUGCUAUUUUGAGGGUUUUUAGCCAAAGAGUAAACAGAAGAAUAUUGUUAUUUUGGUGGUUAUUCACUUUACUGUCUUUCUUACACACUUGGAGUUUGCCACCGAAAUAAUGUUAUGUAAUAUUUGUUAAUUACAUAGUGGUUUAAAUGUACUCUCUGGUUUAGUACUUAUUUAUUCCAUUA